AUGGAGAGCUCACAGGACCCGAAUUUAAAACUCCUAGUUCCCGCCGACGAACACCAGCUCGAUCUUUACACCGUCCCUGUCCACUCCAGCUGGUUCUCGUGGGAUGAUAUCCACGAAACCGAGAAAUUCCACCUCCGAGAGUUCUUCGAUGGGAGCUCGAUCACCAGAACCCCCAAAAUCUACAAGGAUUACCGAGAUUUCAUUAUCUCCAAGUACAGAGAGGAGCCCACCAGGCGGCUCACCUUCACCGAGGUGCGUAAAUCGCUGGUAGGGGAUGUUAGUUUGCUGCACAAGGUGUUCCUGUUUCUGGACAGGUGGGGUUUGGUCAAUUUUGGUGUACCUGGGGUUGAGGAUGAGUUGGUGCCAGAGGAGAGUAGGGGCAGGUGGAAGGUUAGGCUUGAGGAAGGGGCCCCGCAUGGGCUUCGGGUCGUGGCGGUUCCUAAUUCGUUAAAGCCUGUGACAGUGCCGCCCCCUGUGGCUGAUCACGGCGGUGAGGCGUUGGAGAAUGGAUUCAAACUUCCUCCCCUGACGUCUUAUAGAGACGUGUACAGCGAGCAGAGGGGGAUGGUGUGCAGAAACUGCAAAGAACGUUGCGAGUUUGGGCAUUACGAGUGCACAAAGGAGGGAAGCUUCAAUAUUUGUGCCAAGUGCUUCAAGAAUGCGAAGUAUGGGGAGAACAAGUCUGCAGAUGAUUUCAAGUUCAUUGAUUGUGUUCCAGAAACUGGGAGUAGUGGAGUUAUUUGGACCGAAGCAGAAACUUUACUUCUUUUAGAAUCUGUCUUGAAGCAUGGAGAUGACUGGGGUCUUGUUGCUGAAAAUGUUAAAACUAAGAGUAAAGCAGAUUGUAUAUCAAAGUUGAUACAGCUACCAUUUGGGGACCUUAUGUUGGGAGCUGCCCAAAGAAAAGUUAGAUUGUGGGAAAAUGAUGGCAACAUGAGCAGCAUCAAACAUGGUCAGGUUGCUUCAUCAGAGUGCCAUCUGCCAGAGAAUAUCAAGUCAGAGGAUGAAAGCAAUGAUGCCAAAAUUGAGAGACAGCAGAAUGGCAAUGCUGAGAAUGAACAGCAUAGUGACACUGAGAAUCAACAGAAUGGUGAUGCUGAAAACCAA